GCGUCGAUUUUCCGAAGAUCCCCGAUUCGGAGCUCGACUUUCCGGGAAGAUCCGGGUACUGGGCUUCAACCUCAACAUAACAGCAAUGGCGGAGGCAGCAGCUACAGCGGCUCCAGCAAUACCAGGAGCCUGGACCAAACACGUCACCUGCAGGUAUUUCAUGCACGGGCUUUGCAAAGAAGGCAUCAACUGGCGAUAUUCCCAUGAUCUCAACACCAGUCAACCAGCUGCAGCUAUGAUUUGCAAGUUCUUUCAGAAAGGAAACUGUGUGUUCGGCGACCGGUGCAGAGAUUUGGUGCUGAGAGAUUUGGUGCUGAGAGAUUUGGUGCUGAGAGAUUUGGUGCUGAGAGAUUUGGUGCUGAGAGAUUUGGUGCUGAGAGAUUUGGUGCUGAGAGAUUUGGUGCUGAGAGAUUUGGUGCUGAGAGAUUUGGUGCUGAGAGAUUUGGUGCUGAGAGAUUUGGUGCUGAGAGAUUUGGUGCUGAGAGAUUUGGUGCUGAGAGAUUUGGUGCUGAGAGAUUUGGUGCUGAGAGAUUUGCUCCUCUCCUCUUCCCCCUCCCCUCUCGCCCUCUCCUCUUCCCCCUCCCCUCUCCCCCUCUCCUCUUCCCCCCCUCCCUCGUCAGACCCGGUGAAGUCUGAAGGGUCGGGGAUGAGUCCUCUGAUGGAGCGAGAGAAAGACGUGGCGGGAGACGAUAAGGAGUUGAGGAAGACUCUGUGUCCCUACGCCGCCAUGGGGGAGUGUCGCUACGGACUUAACUGUGCCUAUCUCCACGGCGACGUGUGUGACAUGUGCGGUCUGCAGGUGCUCCACCCCUCCAACGACGCACAGCGAUCAGAACACACCAAGGCUUGCAUCGAGGCCCAUGAGAAGGACAUGGAGCUGUCGUUUGCCAUCCAGCGCAGUAAGGACAUGCAGUGUGGCGUGUGUAUGGAGGUGGUGUUUGACAAGGCCAACCCCAGUGAGAGACGCUUCGGCAUCCUGUCCAACUGCUGCCACUGCUACUGCCUCAAGUGCAUCCGCAAGUGGAGGAGCGCCAAGACGUUCGAGAGCAAGAUCAUCAAGUCCUGUCCAGAGUGUCGGAUAACGUCCAACUUCGUCAUCCCCAGUGAGUACUGGGUGGAGGACAAGGAAGACAAGCAGAAACUGAUACAGAAAUACAAGGAUGGCAUGGGGACUAAAGCCUGUCGUUACUUCGACCAGGGUCGGGGCACCUGCCCGUUUGGCUCCAACUGCUUCUACAAACACGCCUUCCCUGAUGGGCGGCUGGAGGAGCCCCAGAGGAGAUCAGCAGGGUGCAAUGGCAGGAACAGGAACUCGAGGAGGACACCCCUGUGGGACCUGUUUGAAGAGCGGGAGAACAGCAGCGACUCUUUGGACAACGAGGACGAGGAGAUGGUGACCUUUGAACUGAGCGAGAUGCUCCUCAUGCUCCUCGCCACGGGAACCGACGAUAUUGACGUCACGGACUCGGAGGACGAAUGGGACUUGUUUCACGAAGAGCUGGACGAUAUCUACGAGAUUUACCUAUAGCACCCACACCCUAAUAACGUUAACGUUUAAAACCCUUUAUCGUUUUUGACUACCCCUCUUCACCUUUACCGCGCUGUAGAAUGGACUGUCUUUAUCGUUUUUGACUACCCCUCUUCACCUUUACCGCGCUGUAGAAUGGACUGUCUUGUGUGUUCGGACAGUAGCUUCUCCUCUGUGUUGUGGCAGUGCCUUUCAUUCAGACAUCAACUACAUGAAGAAGAAUUAACAGAUGAAAAAAAAAAAAUGUAAAUGAGAAACGGGUGGGUGUAAAACCAUUUUUCUAGAAACAUCCUGUCCUUGUGAAUUUAUCUAUCCGUGUCAGGUUCAUGUAAAUAACAAAUAACAACAACAAAAACAAGGGGGAAAAAAUUAGAAACAUUUUUGAAAAUAUCGCUAAUAAACAGUGUUUAUUUGUG